AUGGUAUUUGAAGUCAGUUCUGUCUCAUUUAGUGAAUCAAAUGAUAAUUUAACGACAGAAAAUCUGAAAUCAAAGAAUUUACAACUUACUCUCAUUAAUCCAAUACACAGAAGCAAAAAUAAAAAUAAGAGUAAAGACAAAGUUAAAGAUAAAGAUGCUAACCUUCAUGAUGUACAAGCCAAGAUUGAAUUUUUUAAAAGUAAACAUGUUCCCCAGAAUAAACUUCCUAUUAAAAUAAUCAAAUUGAACAAUUUGAAACAUGGUGGAACUACAAUUAAAAACGACACAGGUAACUUCGAGUAUAGAUACAAUCCACUUGAGUUAAAAUCAAAUCCAUGCAUUAAUAAAACAAAUAAUGAUCAUGAAGGUUAUUCAAUCGAACUCAUACUAGAUCAUGGCUCUUCAAAAGUAUUUAUAGCAGAUUUACCAGUACGAAAUAGUGUCAACGCCUCAAUAUAUGAUACUUUCUCUACUUCUUCACUUUUUGACUCUCCAGAGGCAAUCUUCAACGUUGAUAACAGUCUCAACUCUAAUUCCAAUUCUAGUCCCAAUUCCAGUACCAAUUCCAAUUCUAGUCCCAAUUCAGUACAUAGUAAUUAUCUGAAAUAUUUUUACGAUGAAGUUGCUCCUGUGUCAUUGACCGGUAGGAUUAAGAUAAACGUUUUUAAUGAAAAGUUAAAGCACCCAUUGUUUUUAAAGUCAUUAUCUGUCCAUUUCAAAUGUUAUUCAAAUGAAUAUGUGUGUUAUGUCGAUCCAGAUAAAAAAAAUAAUUCACAUAAUAAAAAUAAUAUCAAACUAUUCGAAAACGAUUCAAAUACAAAAUUUGAACCUAUAAUACAUUUAGAAAUUUUAAAUAUUUCAUCAAGCUUUUUGAAAUUUACAAAUGGAAUUUAUGAGUUCCCUUUUGAAUUUAAAAUAGAACCAAAUAAAUUCCCAGCAUCCAAUUGUUCAUAUUUCGGAUCUACACUAUAUAGAAUCGAAAGUUACAUCAAAAUAUUGAAGAACUUUAAGAAAUCAAAUAAUUCAGAUACCAUUAUUUUAACAGAUGCUGUCACUGUUAAACGCGCAUUGCCUAUUGAUAGCUUUUAUUUAAGAAAUGAACCACUAAAGUUAGCAGGUGAAUGGCAAAGGAUACAUUGCGAUUCAAAGAAUAAUAAUAUAAAUAAUGAUUUAUUAUACCAAAAUUUCAAUGAUCAAUUGAACUAUGAAAUAUAUUUGCAUUCAAAAAUGCUUGUAAUUGCAAGUCCAAAUAAUUUGAAAGAAAGUGAAUUCCAAUUGAACUUUCAAAUAGUGAAGAAAAUGAAAAAUUUCUGUAUAUCUAAACUUGUAGUCAGCCUAGCACAGUUUAGUUCAAUUCCAUGUAUUGAUCGAUCAACUAAAAAACCAAUGAAAACGUCAUACGUUAAAAAAAUGGAAGUAAUUUUACAUUCAGAGGAUAUUGAACCUAAUUUCGACGAAUAUAAUGUUUUCGAAAUUAAUAACUUAGCUAUAUUCGAUGAAAAUUCCAUGAAAGAAAGUUCAAAUAACAAAAAAGUUGGGUUCUAUUUUGUUAAACCGUUUUACUGUGAGAAAAGUACUAAAUUAGAAAACAAAGCCAGGCUAAAAAUCACACAUAAAAUUAUAAUCCAGUUGACCAUGUUACAUGUCGAAUCCACGGAACCAUUGAAAACAAGUUUUAAAAAGAAGACUAUACUGACGUUCAAAGUUCCAGUAGUUCUUGUAGAUUAUGAAAUGUCAAGCAGCCUAAAUUUGCCCACCUACAACAAGAUUAACAACAUUUAUUCAAAAAGGGAAACAGUUUUAACUGAUAGAUGUAUUAAUACAUUACCGGAUUAUCAAGGUGACAGAGUAAAGUACUAA